CUGCCUCUAUUUUAUACCUCACCCAACUCCGCGAUUCCCUUCGUUUUAAACCCUAGGAUUUCAUCUCGUCCGCUUCUAAUUUCUACCGCGCUUUCGAUGCCGAAAAGCGAUUUCCAUGAGGACGACGACGACGACGACGACGACGUCGUGUUCCUUGGAUCACCGGCCGGCGGCGGCGUCAAUUCAGAAGAUCCAUCGGUGCCGAAGCCGGUGGAAGCGCAGCAGCGUUACCGCACACUCGAGUGCCGUAACUUCUGGAGAGCUGGGACAUAUGAAGUACCCUCAGGACCUUUACAUCGUGCCCGGCGCGCUGCUCUGGAAUCGUAUGAUUUUGAUCGGGCGCGCGUGCACCCGAAGUUCUUGCAUUCCAACGCCACGUCUCACAAAUGGGCUUUCGGUGCUGUAGCUGAACUUCUUGAUAAUGCUGUAGAUGAGAUUCACAAUGGUGCGACGUUCGUGAAGGUUGAUAAAAUCAACAAUCUGAAAGAUAAUAGUCCUGUGUUGCUUUUUCAAGAUGAUGGAGGGGGAAUGGACCCUGAAGGUAUACGGCGAUGCAUGAGCCUUGGUUUCUCAUCAAAAAGGUUGAAGACAACGAUUGGCCAGUAUGGAAAUGGCUUCAAAACAAGUACCAUGAGAUUAGGUGCUGAUGCAAUUGUAUUCAGUCGUGCUAGUCGUGGAAGUUGUGUAACAUUGAGCAUUGGCCUGCUGUCUUAUACAUUCUUGAGAAGAACAUUGAAAGAUGAUAUUUUUGUCCCUAUGCUUGAUUUUCAAAUAAUUAAUGGUCAGAUAAUACCGUUAAGCUCCAAUUCACAGGAUGAAUGGGACAGUAGCUUGAAAACUAUUAUAGAAUGGUCUCCCUUUUCUUCAAAGGAGGAACUAUUGCUGCAGUUUGAGGAUAUCGGGUUGCAUGGAACCAAAGUUUUAAUUUAUAAUUUGUGGAUGAAUGAUGAUGGCCUCCUGGAAUUGGACUUUGAGGAUGAUGAGGAGGAUAUAUUACUGAGAGAUCAAGCCUACAGUGGAGGCUUUUCAAGGUCUAACAAAGAAAUUGUACAUUGUCAUAUUUCAUAUACACUUAAAUAUUCACUGCGGGCUUAUGCUUCCAUUCUUUAUCUACGGAAGUUUUCAAGUUUCCAGAUUAUAUUACGAGGCAAGCCUGUCGAGCAAGUCAAUCUUGCAGAUGAGAUGAAAUUUAUGAAAACAAUUACUUAUAAGCCUCAAGUUUGUAAGGAUGCAGAAGAUGUGUCGGUGCGGGUGACAAUUGGCUUUGCAAAAGAGGCUCCUGUUCUGGGAAUUUUUGGCUUUAAUGUCUAUCAUAAAAACCGUCUUAUUAUGCCAUUUUGGAAAGUUGUUCAGGAAGGUUCGAGUCGAGGGAGGUGUGUUAUUGGAGUUUUCGAGGCAAACUUUAUGGAACCUGCUCAUGACAAACAGGACUUUGAAAGGACACCAUUGUUCAUUCGACUGGAAGCAAAACUUAGGCAAAUAGUUCUUGAUUACUGGAAACAUAAUUGUCAUCUGAUUGGCUAUCAAUCCUACAGUACAAAAACAGAGAAACGGAAACUUAAGGAUUCUGAUAAACACUCUUAUGAGCAUUCAUCAAAAACACAGCACAAAAUGCCUUCUGUACAUGUUGAUGGAGUUACUCGUCUUGAUGUUUCUGCUGCAGAACCUUCUGGUCAAGCUUGUGCUCAAUAUUCUAUCGUGGAGCAAUCUGAACUAGGAGAGGAUUCUGAAGAUAUUGAGAUUAUGGAUAUCUCGGAUCCAACAUUGAUUGAAAAAAUUAGUGAAGAGAGUAUACAACUUUUCAUGAGGCGGGCAGAGCUCCAGUUAAAGACAGCUCAGUUAAAGCAAACUGUUGAGGAGUUGGAGCAUGAACUGGAGGAAGCUAAAAAUAGGUAUUCCCAGCUUGUUGCUGACUUGGAAACCCGAAGAACGCAGCAAGUUAAGAAGUAGCAUGGAAUUACAGCGGUUUUCAUGUCCAAUGGAAUCAGUUGCGAAUCAAUUGGCUUAACAAAUCGAUUGAAUAAGUAGAUUGGAUAAGUUAAUGGUCUGGCUCAUAUUUUUUCUUCUCUGACGAAAUGAUCUGGUUCUGAUACUAAUGAUUUUGUCUUUGACUAUCGAACUGUAACUAACAUAACUAAUUGUUGCAUGAUGAUUAGAAGAAUACUCUCUAGUGUAUUUUCAAAC